AUGGAGGGCGAGGCGGUGAUGAUGGCGAGCGAUGGGCGCGGUGGAGGACGCCGUGGGGGGGGAUGGGAUGGGAUGUCACGCGACGGGGCGGCGGUCGCGCGGCGGCGCGACGCGGCGGCGGCGGGAGAGAGAGCGGCGCUCGUGGAGCGACUCGCGCGCGUGGGAGAGAACGGUGGACAGACGAGGGAAAUGGGCGCGGGCGUUCGAGCGGCGAGCGCGCGGGGGGGGUAUUGGCUCGCGGGGAGCUCGACGGCGAUGACGACGACGCGGUCGCCGAGCGGGGUGUUUGAUUUUUCAGACGAAGAUGAAGGUUUUUCAGACGCUCCGUACGUCCUAUCGAGCAGCGCGGGGCGAUUGUGGCGAUUGCGGCGCAUUUCGGAUGAUGGCGCCGAGACGCCGGUGCGGAAGGUGAUGUCGGGAGAGGGUGAGGAGCGCGCGCUGGCUUCACUGUUUGAAAAGGUUGAAAUAUCUCCCGGCGGGCCGCUUGAGUUCUCCGCGUCGCCGCCCUCGACGUCGAGAUCGCCGCGCGUGAGAGUCUCAUCGCCGUCAAAGUGGGCGAGAGAUUCGGCGUACAUCGAUGAUUUGCUCCGACGCGCUCGCGCACAUCGAUCGAGCCGCUCGACGAGCUCGAGUGAGAGCGCUCCGGCGGAGUGGGAGAGCCAGCUCUCGGAUGCCGCUUCGCGGAGCGACGACGCGGAGUGCGCGACACCUCGCGCGCACGAGCGCGCGUCGCCGGUGGACGUCACAUCUCUCAUCACACCACCGUUGAAGAUGUCGACUCGACCGAAGACGCCCGCGGCGCCCCUUCGUCACCAGCACCGAAGACGCGACUCGCCGACUCCGACUGGAGUCGCGACGACUCCGCGCGAGGCAGCCGUCGAGCCGAGAAGAGACCUCACCAACCCGCGCGAACUCUUCUGA